GCCACUUUCUACGGUGGCAGCGACGCCUCCGGCACUAUGGGAGGAGCUUGUGGUUACGGGAACCUAUACAGCCAAGGCUAUGGAACUAACACGGCUGCUUUGAGCACGGCGCUGUUUAACAACGGUAUGAGCUGCGGAGCCUGCUUUGAGCUAAAAUGCGCCAAUGACCCACAAUGGUGCCACUCAGGUAGCCCAUCGAUCCUCAUUACCGCAACCAACUUCUGCCCACCAAACUUUGCUCAGGCAAGCGAUAACGGCGGAUGGUGCAAUCCUCCACGUGCCCACUUCGAUCUUGCCAUGCCUGUCUUCCUCAAGAUUGCCCAAUAUCGCGCCGGCAUUGUCCCCGUCUCAUACCGCAGGUACAAAAUCUUGCAUUACACGUUUGGGACAUUUGCAAUAUUAACAAGAACAUAAAAUGUUCAAAGAGAAUUAGUUAGUAAGAUGGUGGCGAGGUAGUGGUGCAAAGGAUUGGUUCCAUUGUGCCUCGGACAAACCACACUUAAAAUGGAUUUAU